CCCCGCCACGUCCCCUCAGCCCCGCCCGGGCCCGCAGGGGGCGCCCGCGCCCGGCCCGGCCCGGCCCUGCCCGGCCAAGAUGGCGGCGGCGGUGCCGCUGCGCGUCUGCCACCAGGAGAUCGUCAAGUUCGACCUGGAGAUCAAGGCGGCCGUGCAGGACAUCCGGGACUGCCCGGGGCCGCUCAGCGCCCUCACGGAGCUCAAUGCCGCCGUGAAGGAGAAGUUCCGACACCUCCGCGGCCGCAUCCAGGAGCUGGAGCAGAUGGCGAAGGAGCAGGACAAGGAGUCGGAGAAACAAGCCUUGCUGCGGGAGGUGGAGAACCACAAGAAGCAAAUGCUCAGCAACCAGGCAGCCUGGAGAAAGGCAAAUCUGGCCUGCAAAAUCGCUAUUGACAACUCUGAAAAAGAUCAGCUGCUUCAGGGAAGAGACAUCUUAAGACAAAGGAAGACCACAAAGGAAAGUCUGGCAGAGAGUGCAAGCAACAUCACGGAGAGUCUGAUGGGCAUCAGCAGGAUGAUGUCCCAGCAGGUGCAGCAGAGCGAGGAGACCGUGCAGACCUUAGCCAAUUCUUCCCGAACCAUCCUGGAGGCAAAUGAGGAAUUCAAGUCCAUGUCUGGGACCAUCCAGCUGGGGAGGAAGCUGAUCACCAAGUACAACCGCCGCGAGCUGACCGACAAGCUGCUCAUCUUCCUGGCCCUCGCCCUCUUCCUGGCCACUGUGCUCUACAUCCUCAAAAAGAGACUCUUCCCCUUUUUGUAAAAUCCCAGCAAUCACUGAACUAUUAAAGAAAAAAAUAAUCAGAGAUGGUUGAUAAGGGUGGGGCUUUUAAAUGGAGUAAUAAAGGGAUAUUGCAGUAGCAGGAGUUGGUGCUGUCCCCACGGAGGUUGUGAGCUGCCUCAGAAGAAAUGGAAAGAAGAAAUGCCAGCUUGCCUGUGGGUUUGGGGAAUCCAGCACUCGAGGGACUGGGCACUCAAAGGUUCCACUCUGCACAUUCAACCUCUCACUGAUUUUUGCCUUGAAAUGAAGAUUUGUCCUUGGCUCGGGCUGGAAGCUGCUCUGACUCUGUGUGUAAGGUGCUGAGAGUAAGAGGAAAGAUGGAAGAGAAAAACUCACACAUUCCAUUAAUAAAAUAUUUAUUGUAUUCAUGUCAA